AUGGAUUAUGAUUACGAACCUUAUCAGCCACCUUACUCGCCCGCACCCUCUACAAUACCACCGGCUCCCAGUAGAACGCCGCCACCAAAUUCAUUUGCACCACCAAACCCUUCCACCGCGAUCUUUAACGCAAUAAUACAAAACAACGUCGGACUACUUAGCUCUAUACUAAGUAAAACCUUUUUUGACCUGAAUAAUUUACGAAAUCGGGAUGGCAAGACACCUUUAAUGGUUGCUGCUUCCGAAAAUUGCAUCGAUAUAGUUCGUUAUUUAUCGAAUAUUCAAAGUGUUAAUUUGAACUUGCAAGAUAACGACGGUGAAUCUGCAUUAUAUCAAGCUGCCUCCAAUAAUUGCAUAGAGUCUGUAGAAAUUUUAAUUAGCGCAGGCGCAUACAUCGAGUCUAGUAAUAAGGAAAAUAUCACGCCACUUAUUAUAGCUGCCUAUAAUGGUAAUGCUAUCGUAUGCACUAUAUUAUUAGACCAAGGUCACGCUAAUGUAAAUCAGCAAGAUAAUACAAAUAAGACUGCGCUUACCUUAGCUGCAUAUGAAGGUCAUUCUGAAGUUGUUGAAGUGUUGUUGGCUAGAGGUGCCAACGUGGAUCUAACCGAUCAGUUUGGUUGGACCGCAUUGAUGCUCGCUGCAUACUCAAAUCGCUAUGAAGCAUGCCAGAAAUUAUUAAUGCAUAACGCUGAUAAACAUGUUGCGACAAAUAAUGGCAAAACUGCGGUCGCGCUUGCACGUGAAGCAGGUCAUUUCAAUGUAGCUGAUAUGAUUGAGAAUUUUGGAACAGAUCCUUUAGAAACACCUUAUGGAAUGCCAUUUUCACCGAAUAACUAUAAUAAUAAUCCUCCGAGUCAUCAAGCUAAUUAUUAUAAUAAUGCGCCUCAAAAUCAACACAUACCCCCUCAAGAUAUAUCUGACGAUAAUUUAUACAGAGAUCCUUAUUCUGUUAGAGGUCAUAUGAUGCCACUUGAACGUAGAGACACAAGACGCGUCGCACUUCAAUCUAGGAAUGUGGAAAGACGUCGAUCAGAGUACUAUAAUCUCAAUGCUAAUAAAGUAGGACCUCAUGCUGGUGAGCUCAGAACAGCACCUCAUGUAAAACAGGAUAUGGUACCAAGAGAUGAUGGAUCGCCUUGGGUUAUUUUUUCAUUAAUAGUCACUGGAUGUUUUUGUAAUCCUUGUUUGUCAAGCAUCGGUAAGAUGAAAGAUCCAAACCUUCGACAAGCUUGGCGAGAGAAAGUAGCACUUUGCAUUAUUAUUCUUCUUAUUUCUGCCUUUAUGGGAUUCUUGACCUUUGGAUUAUCAACAAUAGCCUGUCAGAAAAAAGUGCCUCUUUACCCUCAAGAUAUUCUACGAUUGUAUGGACCACAAGUUCCUGGACAAAAGGUCCAUAUCAUUCGUGGUAAACUUUACGAUACUGGCGUCUAUUUCUUGUCUGGCGAGCAUAGACCUAUUGCUCCUUUAAGUGACGCCGACUUGAACCCAAUCAUUACACCAUUAUUUGGUAGCGAAAUAAAAGAUUUCUUUCCACCUAAUUACAAAGGUCUGGGGUGCCAAAGUGAGCCCAAGAAUACUGUAUGUCAACAAGGAGAUCCAAAAUAUCAUUGUCAUACAUCUCUUGCUUCUCAACGAAAGUUAGAUACCCUCUUUAUGCAUCUGUUCGUCGGAUUUACCUGGGAAAAUAUAACAAACGGGGAUCGUAAAUUAUUUGUAUAUAAUGAAAAUGUCUACGAUUUGACUCAAUAUCUCGAUCCACAAAACUCUGAUUAUUGGCUCGGUGAUGGCAACACUACUCAAUGGUUACAAUCACUUGUUGGUCGAGAUGCAACUAAAGACAUUGUUCGAAGUAAUAACUCCACACAGCUUGCCAAAUGUUUCGAGCACUUUAAAGUCGGACAAAUUGAUGGUACAACGAUCGGAUGUUUCUCCACGAAUCUAGUUUUAAUUAUCAUGACUGUAAUAUUCACCGGGAUUACUUUGAUUAAAUUUGUAUCUGCCAUAACCUUUGAUUGGUUUUUAUCUCGACAAUUGGGUAAAAUUUCAAAGAAACCCAAACCGGAUAAUGCAAUCAGUCAUGUACUUUUACUGGUCACUUGUUAUUCCGAAGGCGUAGAAUCUAUGCGAACUACUCUUGAUUCAUUAGCUGGAACUGAUUAUUCGGAUAAACAUAAGUUACUUUUUGUAAUAGCAGAUGGUGAUAUUACAGGCUCUGAUAACGAUAGAUCGACUCCACAAAUCUGCAUUGAUUUACUAGAACCACAAUUUUCGGAUGCUGGAGAACCAGAACCAAUGUCCUAUGUCGCAAUUGGUGAUGGUAUUAAACAACACAACAUGGCAAAAGUAUAUACCGGCUAUUAUAAUGUCGGAACCCAUCAUGUACCGAUGUGUUUGAUCAUUAAAUGCGGCACAGAAGAAGAAAGGAAAGGUGCGAAGGCGGGUAAUCGUGGUAAACGUGAUUCCCAAUUAAUUUUAAUGACUUGGUUAAGUCAUGUAUUCUUCAAUGAACGAUUAUCGCCGUUGGAAUUCGAUCUAUUCCAAAAGGUGCGUGGUUUGACUGGCGUGACUCCCGAUAAAUAUGAUAUGGUUUUGAUGGUGGACGCUGACACUUUGGUUAAACCGGAUAGUGUUAGUUAUAUGGUUGCUGCAAUGGAACGUGAUCCAAAAGUAAUGGGACUUUGCGGUGAAACUAAAAUUGCAAAUAAAACUGCAAGCUGGGUAGCAAUGAUUCAGGUUUUUGAAUAUUAUAUUUCUCAUCAUCUUGGAAAAUCUUUUGAAUCAAUUUUUGGUGGUGUCACAUGUUUGCCCGGUUGUUUCUGUAUGUAUCGUAUUAAAACACCAAAAUACGACGGCUCUUCAGUUCCAAUUCUAUGUAAUCCAGAUAUUGUCGAAAUGUAUUCCUCCAACACCGUCGAAACCCUACAUCAAAAGAAUCUCUUGUUGUUGGGAGAAGAUCGUUAUCUCACAACCUUGAUGUUGAGAACAUUCCCAAAACGUAAAAUGAUUUACGUACCUAAAGCUAUAUGCAAAACUGUUGUCCCUGACGAAUUCAAUGUUUUACUUUCUCAACGUCGUCGAUGGAUCAAUUCUACUAUUCAUAAUCUCAUGGAACUCAUUCUCGUCCCUCAAUUAUGUGGUAUCUUUUGCUGCUCUAUGCAAUUCGUUAUUUUCCUCGAAUUAGUGGGCACUGUGGUGUUACCAUCUUCGCUCUUGUUUAUGAUAUAUCUCGGAAUUGCUGCAGCCCAUGGUCAACCCGUAUUAUUACCAUUACUGUUUAUCGCAGCAACUUAUUUCCUUCAAGCUUUCUUGAUCGUCUUUACCUCGCACAAGCCCGUCUAUGUUCUUUGGAUGAUAGUUUUUAUAUUUGCAAUGCCCAUUUGGAAUUUCCUUUUGCCUAUAUACGCUUUCUGGCAUUUUGACGAUUUCUCAUGGGGUGCAACUCGUAAGAUUGCAGGUGUUGAUAAUGGCCAUGGAGAUGGAGGUGGCAAUGUAUUUGAUCCAAAAAGCAUUCCAAUGAAGACUUGGGACGAAUGGUUGCUUGACAACAAGACAAAAGAAUUACCAGUAUAUUCGCCAUCAUCGAAACCGGUGUCCGAUAACAAGCAGAAUAAUUUUGGAUCGCCUAGCCCAAGGAUGAUGGACAAAAAUGAAUAUAACAAUUAUAGUGGAAGGCUGAUGGGACCUAGGAGUCCUGGCGUUGGAGCAAAACAUUGA